UCUCCCCUCCCGUCCUCUUUCCGCCAUCUUUCCACGCCGUCACAAUGGUGCGCAUGAAUGCCCUGGCAGAUGCUCUCAAGAGCAUCAACAAUGCCGAAAAGAGAGGCAAACGCCAGGUGCUUCUUAGGCCAUGCUGCAAAGUCAUCGUCCAGUUUCUCACUGUGAUGAUGAAGCAUGGUUACAUGGGCGAAUUUGAAAUCACUGAUGAUCACAGAGCUGGGAAAAUUGUUGUGAACCUCACAGGCAGGCUAAACAAGUGUGGAGCGAUCAGCCCCAGAUUUGAUGUGCAACUCAAAGAUCUGGAAAAAUGGCAGAAUAAUCUGCUUCCAUCCCGCCAGUUUGAUUUCAUUGUACGGACAACCUCAGCUGGCAUCAUGGACCAUGAAGAAGCAAGACGAAAACACACAGGAGGGAAAAUCCUGGGAUUCUUUUUCUAGGGAUGUAAUACAUAUAUUUACAAAUAAAAUGCCUCAAGGACAAAAAAAAAAAAAAAAGUGAGCUGGGCAUGGCAGUGCACACCUAGUAAUUCCAGCUGCUCAGGAGGCUGAGGCAUGAGAAUUGCUUGAACCCAGGAGGCGGAGGUUGCAGUGUGCCGAGAUUGCACACCACUGUAAUCCAGUCUAGGCAACGGAGUGACUAUCUAAAAAAAACCCAAAAAGCAGGCCAGGUGCGGUGGCUCACACCUGUAAUCCCAGCACUUCGGAAGGCUGAGGUGGGCAGAUCACCUGAGGGUGGGAGUUUGAGACCAGCCUGACCAACAUGGAGAAACCCCGUUUCUACUACAAAUACAACAUUAUCCGGGCAUGAUGGUGCACGCCUGUAAUCCCAGCUACUUGGGAGGCUGAGGCAGGAGAAUCGCUUGAACCUGGGAGGUGGAGGUUGUGGUGAGCCAAGAUCCCGCCAUUGCACUCCAGCCUGGGCAACAGAGCCAGACUCUGUCUCGAAAAACAAAAAACCCAAGUGCAAAGCUGGGUGUGGUGGCUUAUGCCUGAAACCUAGCGCUUUGGGAGGCAAAGGUGGUAAGAUUGCUUGAGCCCAAGAUUUCAAGACCUGGGCAAUGAAGUGAGACCCUGUCUCUACCAAAAAAAAAAAUUUAAAAAAAUGGGUAUAGGCCAGGCACGGUGGCUCACGCCUGUAAUCCCAGCACUUUGGGAGGCCAAGGCAGGCAGAUCAUCUGAGGUCAGGAGUUCAACACCAGCCUGACCAACAGGGAGAAACCCUGUCUCUACUAAAAAUACAAAAUUAGCUAGGUGUGGUGGCGCAUGCCUGUAACCCCAGCUGCUCGGGAGGCUGAGGCAAGAGAAUCCCUUGAACCCAGGAGGCAGAGGUUGCGGUGAGGCGAGAUCACGCCAUUGCACUCCAGCCUGGGCAACAAGAGCAAAACUUUGUCUCAAAAGCAAAACAAAACAAAAACAAACAAAAAGGGGUGUAGUGCCUAUUGUCUCAGCUACUUGGCAGGCUGAGGCAGUAUUACUUGAGCCCCGAUGUAAAGGCUGCAGUGAACCAUGAUCAUGCCACUGCACUCCAGCCUGGGUGACAGAGAC